AGGGCCUUUCAUCAACCGCUUUUCUCUUUCUCUGCUCUACCCCUCUCUUAUUCAGACCUCAGACCCUUCACGCCUCAAUUCUCAAUCCUCAACCCUUCUCCCUUAUUUUCAUCAAAACCCCUAUAAAAGACUCCUGAUUUCAAAAAUCUACCCUCUUUUUCUCAAUUUUUGAUUGAAUUUUUCUCCUAAUGGCGUCGAGUUUUAGUUCUUUGUCGGAAACCCUAGUUUUGUAUGGUAUUUGAUUUUGUCAGAUCCGGGUUAAAAUUCAUCUGGGUUGUCUUGUUUUGGUUUGAGAAGAGAAACCCAUAAAUUAUUUUUUGGAGAAAUUUGUUGGAUUUUUGGUUUUCGGGAAGUGAGGAACAAAGAGAAUGGCAGAGCAAGGUGGCUUGGAAGGUAGCCAGCCCGUGGAUCUUUCCAAGCACCCGUCUGGCAUUGUUCCUACCCUUCAAAACAUAGUAUCAACUGUCAACUUGGAUUGCAAGCUGGAUCUUAAGCAAAUUGCACUUCAAGCUCGUAAUGCUGAAUACAACCCUAAGCGUUUUGCUGCUGUCAUUAUGAGGAUAAGAGAUCCAAAGACUACUGCUUUGAUUUUUGCCUCUGGAAAGAUGGUGUGCACAGGUGCCAAAAGUGAAAUAGAUUCCAAACUAGCGGCAAGAAAGUAUGCUAGAAUUAUCCAAAAGCUUGGGUUUGCUGCCAAGUUUAAGGAUUUCAAGAUUCAGAACAUUGUUGGCUCCUGUGAUGUUAAAUUCCCAAUCAGACUUGAAGGUCUUGCCUACUCCCAUGGUGCCUUUUCAAGUUAUGAGCCAGAACUCUUCCCAGGGCUGAUCUAUCGCAUGAAACAGCCAAAAAUUGUGCUUCUUAUUUUUGUCUCAGGGAAGAUUGUGAUUACUGGAGCUAAGGUGAGAGAUGAGACAUACACAGCCUUUGAGAAUAUAUACCCUGUGCUCACUGAGUUUAGGAAGGUCCAGCAAUGACGCUUCUGUGGCAUUUGUGGCAUUGUUGGAGUUGGAUUCAAAUGUGAAUACUAAAACAGGUCUAGGGGCUGUCUCAUUGGUUUCUUCUGUUCCUCAGCGAGUUGGGUCUUUGAUGUACUGCUAGAUCCUACUAAAGUGAUCCCAGAUGAAGGGUCAGAAUGUCCUGUGUUAAGUAAUUUAGCUGGGGAGAAAGAACAAAAGAUUGGAAGAACUGGGCGUUUCAUAUGGAUUAAUGUUGAGCUUUCCUUUGGAUAAUAUCAAUAAGUAAAACUAAAGUCCAAUUUUGAUCCUUGUUUGCUUUUUCAUCAAUCUUGUGUACGUUCUGACCUGUUUUAACAAUCAGUUUUCCCUACCUUGUAACUAUAAUUUUAUACUGUACGUGUGGAAUACAGCAGACAUGGAAAACGCUAGAAGCGGUGAACCUAAUGACUGAUUUUAGUGUAUCCAAUAAUAUGAUGAUGGGUGUUUUUAGUAUUCUUAGUUCAUCUUUCUUUUUAUCUUCUAUAUCUUAAUACUUUUUAUGCAUUAACAUGAAUAAAGCCUUGAUAUGAUG